UUGAUACGCGAGCGAUUUGAGACAAACACACAAAUCCUCGACGUAAAAUUAAAAUAAAUCGCGUUCGAGACCAUAACUUACAAAAAAAAGAGAAAAGAAUGUCAAUAUAAAAAGAUUGAACGCGGUUACAGAUAAAGAAAGAAAGAGAAAGGAAUUAAUACACGCGUCUUUCGAUGCGAUGAAUUAAAUAUAAAUCCGACAAAAUGAGAUGGCUGUCGAAAAAAUCGCUUCAGUCGAAUAGAUCUGCCGCAAAGUGAAAUACACGCGAUUCGACAAAGUUCACGUUUCGAAUGGAUAAAGUGAUUCAGUUUUACACAAAAAUUGGAACCAAGCCGAUAAAUUUGAAUAUUUACAUCGGUUUGUUAUAGCACAUAGCACGUUUAUAUCGACAGCACUUGUGAUUAUUUUCGCGUAAUAUUUUCAAAUGUUCAGAGUAAAUCAAAAAAAAACUAUAAAUGUUUUAUAAUUAACGCAAAAGAAUUAAAUGUAACAGUGAUGGAGGGUUUUACAAAAUUCAUUGCCGAAGCGCUUGGAACAGCAUUCUUGAUGUUUGGCGGUUGCAUGGGUUGUAUUACAUGGGAUGAUAAACCACCAGCAUUUGCGGGUGCAAUCAGUUUUGGUCUCGUUGUUAUGAUUAUGAUUCAAUGCUUUGGACACUUAUCCGGUGCUCAUUUCAAUCCAGCUGUUACAGUUGCUGCUAUUGUCUUCCGUUCUAUUUCCAUUCCGAUGGGAAUCAUUUAUUUCUUCGCUCAAUUGAUUGGCGCAACAGUUGGAUACCGUUUUCUUGUAUCACUAAUACCUGCAAAGGCACUCGGUCUAAGUACUGGCACACAUGGAUUCUGUCAGACAGUUCCGCACGAAGAUCUUGGCGAAUUCGAAGCAUUCACCUGUGAAUAUAUCGCCACAAUGGUAUUGAUCAGUGUUUGUUGUGCGUGCUGGGACCCGCGAAACAGUUCAAAACAAGAUUCACUCGCAAUAAAAUUCGGCCUCUCAAUCACCAUUUUAUCAUACAUUUUCGGUCCGUUUACAAAUUGUUCAAUGAAUCCGGUCCGUAGCUUUGCCCCCGCCUUCUGGAACCACAAAUAUCCCAUGCAUUGGAUCUACUGGGUAUCACCAACGUUGUCAGCUUUCAUCACCUCAUUAGGUUAUAAAUUUUUAUUCAUGGAAAAGCCUGACAUUGAUUUGGAAGCUGUCCAACCGCUACGACCAUCAGACGAUAUUCCCAAAGUAUAGGACUGGAAAUGAAUUGAUCGAUUUUAAACUGCAAUGCUACAAAUUCUUUAAGCAAAUUACGAUUGGAUGAUAUUUUUCAAACUAUUUAUACUAUAUCUACUCCGAGCCGUCUGUGCAUAGCAAUUAAGCUAUCAACUUGAAAAAAAAAAAAAAAAAAAAACAAAUUAAUUUAAUUUUCAUUCAUUUAAGCGAAACAUAGAAUUAUAAUAGCGUAAAAUGUGAUUAUAGUAAUGAAUGAAGGUGUUGGUUUGUUUAAAAUGUUAGUGGUUUUUUUGCCUAUAAGUAAGUACAAAGGAGCAUAACGUUUUGUCGGGGAUUUUUGUGUACACCGCACAAAAUAUCAUUUUCAGUUUCAAUUUUAUUUUAUUUUUUGUAAAAUCGAAUUGUUAACAAAUGAAAACGAAUUUGUACAGAAACGUGUAAGAGCUGCCAAAUAAUUUAAAUAGAGAGAAUAAAACAUAUUUUAUUAAAAAACAAACCCACUGAAACAAUGAGAAAACCUGUUAAAUUGUCAUAUUUACAAUUUUUCUUUUGUGAAAACUUCGAUUGUGAUAAACGAGUCGAAACGAUUGAAUUGCUGUCAAAUUAUAUUUAUGAAAAUCAUCGCAUACGGGCCAUUUCCACAAAAUAACGUUGGGAACGAUGUGGAAGAUACAUGUUUAUGCAUAUCAUAAUGAUUUUCGAAUAAAGUACAAUUGCUCAAUUUA